UCAUAAAAUAUAACGAUGAAGUUUCCUUUCCGUUUCUCUGGAUUGACUCUACCAAUCCGCAGUCACUCCUCCUCUUCCUCUACUCCUUCUCCUGCGGUGGGAGCUGCUCCUCGGACCAUGGCGCUGCGCUCUGAACACUUCACUGUAUACGUGGCGGUGACUUUUCUUGCUGCAGCGGUAUCAAACCUCACGACAGGAGUGUCGGGAGCUGGCGGCCCUAAAGUUUUGUCACUUCUGCAGCCGUAUGACUUUCUUUAUUACAGCGGGGUGCGCGCUUAUUAUGGCGAGGAGUGGGCAAAGGCUGCAGAGCUGCUGGAGAAAUCCAUCCAGACCAGGGAGGCACUGCGGAGAGUCCGCAGGCAGUGUCAUGAUGAAUGUGUGGCAUCUGGGACCGACGCUCUAAACAAACUGGACUCGGAGGAGGGGAGCAUGUGGGACCUCUGGGCCCUGGACUGGAUUCAGCAGAGAGCCGAGUGUCUGAGGUUCUGCAUCGGACGCUCCAUCACACCUGCGGGACAGCUGUCCGUUUCAUACGACAUAGAAUAUGAAUUCGACACUCGCAACCCCUACAACUUUCUGCAGGUCACCUACUACAAGUUGGAGAAAUUAAAAAAGGCAGCAUCUGCGGCUCAUACGUACUUCGUGGCCAACCCGAGUCACCUGGAGAUGAGGAACAACAUAGAGAAGUACAGACGGAUGGAGGGAGUGACGGAGGACGAUUUCCAGGAUAGAGUGAUGGAGAAACAUUGGGUCCUGUAUGAUGCGGCCGUGCAGCACGAGGCCUCCUCCGACUGGCUGCAGGCGGCAGAGAAAUGGAAAGCUUGUCUGAACGAAACUCUGUGGCGGAUGGAGGAGUGCAGGGUGCAGUGCGAGGUCGCCCCGCAGCCGCUGCCCGAGGACAGGGGAGUGGACGGAGUUGACGGCCUGUUCGAAAAGGCUGCCGCUCUGUCCCUGUCCCUGCUCUCCUGCCGGCAGUCCUGCGUGACUCAGGUCGCCACACGGCCGGGACGGAUUUCUGCUCAGGAGGAUUUCUUGCCGACGCAGCUUGAGCAUCUGCACAUCGCGCAGUUUAAGUCUGGUGAUGUGAGGGGAGCAGUGCAGACACUUGGCUCUUUCCUGCUGUUUUACCCCUCUGACAAGGACUCCUUAGACAACCUGCAGCUCUACUACGAGACACUAGGGGGGGAUGUGGAGUCACAUGGCAUUCAGCCUGCUCGGGAAAUUGUCAAUUACAUCAACCAGUCCUUGCAAGAGAAGAGGCUGUUGUAUUUUGGUGCGGAGAACCUUAACUUUAAUUUUUCUGACCCGGAUCUUUGGACCCCAGAGGAUGUUGUACCUGAAUCACUGAGAGAAAACUGGAGAGCUGAAAAACAGAAAAUAAACGAGAAAAUAAAAGAAGGGGAUCAGGUCGAAGAAGUGGAUGACAGCGGGUUUUACGCAGGGGGCCCGGUCCACCAAGUGGGUGUAACCAUAACUAUGGACGACGAAGUUCUGAACGGGACCAAUCGAGUCGUCUUCGACGGAGUCAUGACCCAGAAGGAGUGUGAUAAAAUACUGCAUUUAGCAACUGUAGCCGCGUCUCUUGGAGAUGGUUACAGAGGACGCCGGUCUCCACACACACCUCAUGAGACGUUUGAGGGUCUUACUGUCCUCAGGGCUGUAAAGCUGUCUCAGGAGGGACUGGUGAACCAGUCAGACACCAGGUUGUUACAUGAGCUGGGUGAGAGAGUGAAAACCCUGCUGCACUCCUACUUCAGGAGCCCCCCAGGGCUUUUCAUCUCCUUUACACACCUGGUGUGUCGCAGUGCCACUACAGAAAACCAGGAGGGCAGGAUGGAUCUGUCUCACCCCGUCCACGUCGAUAACUGUCUUCUUGAGCCUGAAACCAAACAGUGUUGGAGGGAACCACCUGCGUUCAUACACAGAGACCUCAGUGCUAUUCUCUACCUGAAUGAUGACUUUGACGGAGGAGAGUUGUUCUUCACUAAAAGAGACGCCAAAACAGUAACAGCCCGAGUUAAGCCCAGCUGUGGCCGUCUGGUGGGCUUUUCAUCCGGACCGGUGAACCCCCAUGGCGUCACUGCCGUGACGAGGGGCCGGCGCUGCGCUCUGGCUCUGUGGUUCACAAAGGAAAAGAUCUACAGAGACAUGGAGCGAGAGGAAGCAGAGGCCUUGUGGGCCACCGACGGACAGAGCGUUUUGAAAAAGGACGAGGACGAGGAGGAGAAGGAGAAGGAGGGCAGCGCCACCGCCGGCCGAAACGCUCGGAACCACGCUCCCAAAGAGAGGAGCAGAGGGAGAAACGUGGUGUCGGGGGGCAAGGAUGAGCUGUGAGAGUCGGAGAGGGCGCUUCAGACUGAAACCGGAAUUUAUUUUGCGUUUCUUCCAUCCCCAUACAGUUUCCAUCCGAGCAUCUCACUCCAGUUGUGCAUCAAAUUUCAGUUUUAGCUUGUUUUUAAUGUGUGCUUUAUUUAUACUGUAUGUCAGGGGACGCUUUGUCCUCUUACCUCUGUGGUAUGACUCUGUACUUUUGUUCCAGAUGUUUUUCUGACCAAUCACUGGCUUUGAAACUGAAAAUACUAUAAUGUGCAUUAAAUGUGACUUUUUUUAUCAGCGGAGCGUGAGCGCCACAUGCCAGACGCACGCAAGAGCUCCCUCAGAAAGAGGAUUAGAGACAGAUAGGGAGGCUGAAAAGCGGUGGCAAAGCGAGGCCCGGCUGCAAGAUCUGUUAAGCGAUUUACCUCUCUGCCUCCAUGACAAGCUGCAGGUUUUAUUCUGCUCUGAAUUUGACAAAUAUGAGAAAGUCCGACGGCCAUUGGCAUGAGGAUGACGCAAAACAGUCUCGGAUACUAAUGAGGGAGAGGAGCGAGCUGUCAGAUAGAGAGAGGUGAGUGAGGGUAAAAAAAAAAAAGGGAUAGAAA